UAAAGUGAAAGUAUUUUAAUGCUGGACUCUCCAUUUUGUUAAGAAACGCGGAUAAGAUUCUGUAUUGCGAGAGGCCCCAGCAGGAGUCAUCUGGUCUAGAUUGGCACAAAAAUGGGGGGAGCUGCUUCUGAAAUGACCCCCCCUGCGGACUGUAAAACAAAGAGAACUGAGAGUGUCCUGAUGGAGAGAGCAGGCUCACCUGUACCCAGCUGGGUUUCCAUGAAGAGUGACAGGUCAAUGGACCGACCAAUCGGCUUCAGAGAGGGACCUUUUCCUACAGAUCAAAGUGUCCUGAUGGAGAGAACAGGCUCACCUGUACCCAGCUGUGUUUCCAUGAAAAGUGACAAGUCAAUGGACCCACCACUCCGCUUCAGAGAGAAACCUUUUCCUACAGAUCAAAAUGUCCUGAUGGAGAGAGCAGGCUCACCUGUACCCAGCUGUGUUUCCAUGAAGAGUGACAGGUCAAAGGACGCCAUGAUCAACUUCAGAGAGAAACCUUUUCCUACAGAUCAAAGUGUCCUGAUGGAGAGAGCAGGCUCACCUGUACCCAGCUGUGUUUCCAUGAGUGUCGAGUCAAUGGAGGAACCAAUCAACUUCAGAGAGAAACCUUUUCCUACAGAUCAAAGUGUCCUGAUGGAGAGAGCAGGCUCACCUGCACCCAGCUGUGUUUCCAUGAAGAGUGACCAGUCAAUGGACCCACCACUCCGCUUCAGAGAGGGACCUUUUCCUACAGAUCAAAGUGUCCUGAUGGAGAGAGCAGGCUCACCUGCACCCAGCUGUGUUUCCAUGAAGAGUGACAGGUCAAUGGUCCCACCAAUCCUCUUCAGAGAGAAACCUUUUCCUACAGAUCAAAGUGUCCUGAUGGAGAGAGCAGGCUCACCUGCACCCAGCUGUGUUUCCAUGAAAAGUGACAGGUCAAUGGUGGAAUCAACUGGACUCUGCGAGGGACCUUUUCUUAUUGAUCAAAGGAACCGAGUAAAAAGAUGUAAUUCACACCCACAUAAAGGAGACUUAUCAUCCAUCUUCAAGUUAUUGGAGGAAAAAGCUCAAAUGUUUCUGAAGGAUGAGCUGAUGAAAUUCAAAAGGUACCUGGAUCAGAAUGACCCAGAAUGCUCUGAGCCUCAGCUGGAGGAGGACAAUGACCUGGACAGUGAUGGUCAGAUGCAGAAGACCUGUAGUAGAGAGGGAGCUCUGAAGAUCACACUGUACAUCCUGAGGACCAUGGAGCAAAAUGAUCUCGCUGACAUGCUGGAGAAGAGGAAUCUUCUGUCGCAAUGUCAGCGCAGAAUCAAAUGUAACCUGAAGCAGAAAUUUGAGUGUGUAUUUGAAGGGAAAGCUAAGGAAGGACAGCCAACACUUCUCAAAGAGAUUUACACAGAACUCUACGUAACUGAAGGGGGAGCUGGAGGAGUCAAUGAUGAACAUGAAGUGAGACAGAUUGAAACAGCAUCCAAGAAAAGGGGAACAGAAGAUACUACAGUCAAGUGCAAUGAUAUAUUUAAACCCUUAUAUGGGCGUGAGACACCUAUCAGAACUGUACUCACUAAAGGGGUCGCAGGUAUCGGGAAAACAGUCUCUGUGCAGAAAGUUAUUCUUGACUGGGCAGAAGGAAAAGCAAACCAGGACAUUCACUUCAUAUUUGCUCUUCCUUUCCGGGAACUGAAUAUGAUUAAGGCUGAAUACAGUCUGAUUGAUCUGCUUCACCACUUUGUCCCAGAACUGAAAUUGCUUGAAUCCACUGAGCUGUGUAGGUACAAAGUUUUGUUGAUCUUUGAUGGUCUGGAUGAGUGUCACCUUCCUCUAGAUUUUCAGAACAAUGAGAGCUGGUUUGAUGUAACAAAGAAAACAUCACUAGAUGUGCUGAUGACUAACCUCAUUAAGGGGAAUCUGCUUCCAUCCGCUCUCCUCUGGAUAACCUCCCGGCCAGCAGCAGCCAAUCAGAUACCUCCUGAGUGUGUCCACCAGGUGACAGAGAUACGAGGGUUCAGUGAUGCCCAGAAGGAGGAGUAUUUCAGGAAGAGGUUUAGUGAUCAGAGCCUGGCCAGCAGGAUUAUCACACAUGUGAAAUCAUCAAGGAGCCUCUUCAUCAUGUGCCACAUACCUGUGUUCUGCUGGAUUUCAGCCACUGUCCUUGAAAGGCUUUUUAGUGAGACUGACAAUGGAGAAAUUCCAAGGACUCUGACUGAAAUGUACACACACUUCCUGAUCUUUCAAUUGAGUUUAAAAAAUGAAAAGUAUAUGGAAAAAUAUAAAAUCAAACUUAAUAAAUGCACUAAAUCUGGGAAGAAAUUCCUUUUGAAACUUGGUAAACUGGCUUUUCAUAACCUUGAGAAAGGCAAUCUCAUAUUUUAUAAGCAAGAUCUGACAGAGAAUGGGAUUGAUGUCACAGAGGCUUCAGUUUACUCUGGAGUGUGUACAGAAGUCUUUAAAGAGGAGUAUGGGUUGUACCAGGAGAAGGUGUACUGCUUUGUGCAUCUGAGCAUCCAGGAGUAUCUCGCUGCUUUAUAUGUGUUUCUGUCAAACUCAUCAGCUGACCUGCUGAAGACUGCAGUGGAUGAAGCAUUAAAGAGCAAGAAUGGACACUUGGACCUCUACCUCCGCUUCCUCCUUGGCCUCUCAACAGACUCUAGUAAGAGUCUGUUACAAAGGCUACUGGGCCAGAAAAGAAACAGGUCCCAUAACAUUAAGGAAACAGUCCAGAACAUCAAGAAGAAAAUACAAGAGAAUUUAUCUGCAGAAAGGACCAUCAACCUGUUCCACUGUCUGAAUGAACUGGGUGACAAUUCUCUAAUAGAGGAAGUACAAAGAUACCUGAGUUCAGGAAGCCUUUCAGCAGCAGACCUCUCACCUGCACAGUGGUCAGCUCUGGCCUUUGUGUUACUGAUGUCAGAUAAGGAGCUGGAUGUGUUUGAUCUGAAGAAAUACAUCAGAUCAGAUGAAGGUCUUCAGAGGCUGCUGCCUGUGAUCAAGAAAUCUAGGACAGCUCUGCUGGACAGCUGUAGACUCACAGAGACAUGCUGUGAAGUUUUGGCUUCAGCUCUCAGAUCAAACUCCUCUCAGCUGAGAGAGCUGGACCUGAGUGACAAUGACCUGCAGGAUUCAGGGGUGAAGCUGCUCUCUGCUGGACUGGGAGAUUCACACUGUACACUGGAGAUACUGAGGCUGUCAGGCUGUAGAGUCACAGAAGAAGGCUGUUCUUCCCUGGCUUCAGCUCUGAGGUCAAACCCCUCUCAGCUGAGAGAGCUGGACCUGAGUGACAAUGACCUGCAGGAUUCAGGGGUGAAGCUGCUCUCUGCUGGACUGGGGGAUUCACACUGUAAACUGGAGAUACUGAGGCUGUCCGGCUGUAGAGUCACAGAAGAAGGCUGUUCUUCCCUGGCUUUAGCUCUCAGAUCAAACUCCUCUCAGCUGAGAGAGCUGGACCUGAGUGACAAUGACCUGCAGGAUUCAGGGGUGAAGCUGCUCUCUGCUGGACUGGGUGAUUCACACUGUAAACUGGAGAUACUGAGGCUGUCAGGCUGUAGAAUCACAGAAGAAGGCUGUUCUUCCCUGGCUUCAGCUCUGAGGUCAAACCCCUCACACCUGAGAGAGCUGGACCUGAGUGACAAUGACCUGCAGGAUUCAGGGGUGAAGCUGCUCUCUGCUGGACUGGGGGAUUCACACUGUACACUGGAGAUACUGAGGCUGUCAUUCUGUAGAAUCACAGAAGAAGGCUGUUCUUCCCUGGCUUCAGCUCUGAGGUCAAACCCCUCACAUCUGAGAGAGCUGGACCUGAGUGACAAUGAUCUGCAGGAUUCAGGGGUGAAGCUGCUCUCUGCUGGACUGGGGGAUUCACACUGUAAACUGGAGAUACUGAGGCUGUCAUUCUGUAGAGUCACAGAAGAAGGCUGUUCUUCCCUGGCUUCAGCUCUGAGGUCAAACCCCUCACACCUGAGAGAGCUGGACCUGAGUGACAAUGACCUGCAGGAUUCAGGGGUGAAGCUGCUCUCUGCUGGACUGGGGGAUUCACACUGUACACUGGAGAUACUGAGGCUGUCAGGCUGUAGAGUCACAGAAGAAGGCUGUUCUUCCCUGGCUUCAGCUCUCAGAUUAAACUCCUCUCAGCUGAGAGAGCUGGACCUGAGUGACAAUGACCUGCAGGAUUCAGGGGUGAAGCUGCUCUCUCCUGGACUGGGGGAUUCACACUGUAAACUGGAGAUACUGAGCCUGAACAGCUGUAGACUCACAGAGACAUGCUGUGAAGUGUUGGCUUCAGCUCUCAGAUCAAACUCCUCUCAGCUGAGAGAGCUGGACCUGAGUGACAAUGAACUGCAGGAUUCAGGGGUGAAACUGCUCUCUGCUGGACUGGGGAAUUCACACUGUAAACUGGAGAUACUGAGGCUGUCAGGCUGUAGAGUUACAGAAGAAGGCUGUUCUUCCCUGGCUUCAGCUCUGAGGUCAAACCCCUCACACCUGAGAGAGCUGGACCUGAGCUACAAUCACCCAGAAGACUCAGGAGUGAAGCUGCUCUCUGCUCUACUGGAGGAUCCCAGCUGUAAACUGGAGAAACUGAAUGUGGACCAGAGUGGAGAGUGCAGGACCAGACCAGGGAUCCAGAAAUACUCCUGCCAGCUGACGCUGGACCCCAACACAGCAAACAGACGCCUGUCUCUGUCAGAGGGGAACAGGAAGGUGACACGGGGGGCAGAGCAGCAGCAAUAUCCUGAUCAUCCAGACAGAUUUCACGGCUGGUCUCAAGUUCUGUGCAGAGAGAGUCUGACUGGUCGCUGCUACUGUGAGGCUGAGUGGAGUGGAGAUGGAGCCUGGAUAGGAAUGACUUAUAUAGGAAUCGGGAGGAAAGGACGCAGUGCUGACUGUUUGCUUGGAGCCAAUGACAAGUCAUGGAUGCUGUUCUGCCUUCCUGACAGAUACUCUGUCUGGCACAAUAAUAAACAGACUGUCAUACCCAUAAAGCCCUCAGGCUUCCGCAGAUUGGGAGUGUAUCUGGACCGGUCGGCUGGUACUCUGUCCUUCUACAGAGUCUCCUCUGAUGGACUGAUCCUCCUGUACAGCUUCACCUCUUCAUUCACUGAACCCCUCUAUUCAGGGUUUCGGGUUUAUCCAGACUCUUCCGUGUCGCUGUGCAUGCUGGGAUAGCUCACUGUGUGCUGGAGGAAUCGU